GUUGGUCCGCGCUCUCGGGCGGUUGGUUUCCUGCGUCGGUCCCUCCGGUGCAGACCCCGCCGCCACCGCCAUGAGCAACGGGCAGACCACGGUCAUUCAGGUGACCAACCUGAACGCCGCCGUCACCAGCGAGCAAAUGCGGACGCUUUUUUCCUUCCUGGGAGACGUGGAAGAGCUGCGGCUUUACCCACCCGACAAUGCCCCUCUUGCUUUUUCCUCCAAAGUGUGCUAUAUUAAGUAUCGUGACUCUUCCAGUGUCGGUGUGGCCCAGCAUCUCACCAACACGGUCUUUAUAGACCGAGCCCUCAUAGUCGUACCAUGUGCAGAGGGUAAAAUACCUGAAGAAGCCAAGGCCCUUUCUCUCUUGGCACCAGCUCCGACAUUGUCCAGCCUGCUUCCUGGUGCAGGUCUGCUUCCUAUACCUACUCCUACACCGACUCCGUCUCCACUAGCAUCUGUUUUGCGAAGAGAGAAAGUGGAAGUACCAUUGCUCAGUGUCCCAUUUACCACAUUGGCUGCAACCUUACCAACACCACUGGAACCAGUCCUCCCAGCUCUUGGACAAAUUCUUCCAGCUCUAUCGCCUGCUAUAACUUCACUUGCUGACCUCCAACAACCACCCCUAACUGGAAAUGUUGACCCCACAAAGGUUGAUGAAAUCAGAAGAACGAUUUAUGUUGGAAACCUAAAUUCCCAGACAACUACAGCAGAGCAACUACUUGAGUUUUUUAAACAAGUAGGAGAUGUUCGAUUUGUCCGUAUGGCCGGGGAUGAAACGCAGCCUACGCGCUUUGCUUUCGUGGAAUUCUCUGACCAGAAUUCCGUGAUAAGGGCCCUGACGUUCAAUGGAGUUAUGUUCGGAGACAGACCUCUAAAAAUAAAUCACUCCAACAAUGCAAUUGUAAAACCUCCUGAGCUGACGCCACAAGCUGCUGCAAAGGAACUAGAAGAAGUGAUGAAGCGUGUACGAGAAGCCCAGUCGCUGAUCUCAGAGGCCAUAGAACCAGAAACUGGCAAGCCAGUUGAAAAGACCCAGAAGCUGUCCAGAACACGAUCUCGUUCCGAGUCCAGAUCCCGAUGGAAAAGGUCACGAUCAAAGCAUAGAAGCAGGUCACGCAACAGUUCCCGGUCUAGGCAUAAAGAACACAGGAGAUCCAAAAGUCCUCUUAAGAAAAGUUCUCGAUCAAGAGACAGGCGCAAGUCAAAAAGCAGAUCACGUUCAAGGGAGAAGAAGAGAGACAAAGACAGAAUCAAAGUUAGGGAAAAAGAGAGAACGAAAGAGAAAACUGAUAGAAGAAAGAAGGAAAAACCGUCUUGGAGCCCCUCAAAGAGCCACUCCUCUGCCAGGAAGUCUCGCAGCAUGAGCAGGGAAGGGCGUAAAAGGAGGAGUCGAAGUCUUUCCAAAUCCCCCAGAAGUUCUAAAACUGGGAGGAAGGUUUCUAGAUCUCCUUCACCCAGAAGGAAAGAGAAGAAAAGAGGUAAAGAAAAGGAUUAUAGCCGAGACAGAAGGGAAAGCGAUCGUUCCACAUCUAAGAAAAAUAGCAAUAAGGACAAAGAAAUGAGGGAAUCAUCCGAUAAGUACAAGAUGAGGGAGAAGGAUGAUUUGGAUACUGUGAAUGAAAUCAAUGAAGGAACCGUUGAAGAUGAAGUGGACUCUCGGCACAAUGGGAACUGUACAAUGAAUGAGUACAGCAAGUCAAGGAAAACUGAAGUGGCUUAAGCCCAUCCAUGACUCCUGGAUCUCCGGAGAAUACACAGCCAAAAUACUAGGUGUUCAUUUGGUUCCACAAUGAACAUGACGUGGGCAUUAUGUCGCGUCUGUAGUAGAACUCUAUUGGAUUUUUCAUUUCAAGGGUAAACUACAGUGUUACCUAAGAUUAAUUUUAAUGCCGAAUCAUUUCCAAGUAUUGACAUUUGUAUCAUUCUUAUUUUUUUCUUUUUUAUGUAUGUCAAUGGUCACCUCUGUAGAAAGUUACAUAAGCUGACCGUAAUCACUGUCAGUAAAACAAAUGGAUAUUUUAUUUUUAACACUACAGGGAACGGCGCUCAAAACGGUGUGAAAGUCUUUUUUAACUUGUCAAAUAUCCCCUCAAAACUCGGAAACUGUAAGGGUAUGUUCACACAAUGGAUUUUGAAAAGUGCGGAAUCAGUUUUUUGUGAGGUUUUUGGAUGGAGAUAUAUACGUACAGAACGUUUUUUGAUGCGAUGCUGCCUGUUGUUUUCAAUGGGAAGUUCGGCCCAGAUUCUUCCUCACCAUAGGGCAUGCUGCUUCUUUUUUUCCACAAGAAAAAAAAAAAAAAAGCAAGUGCUCCUCAUUGAAGUGAAUGGUAGGCUGUUUUGAUUUUUUUUUAUUUUUUUUUUUGGAGAUGGUUUGAGCUCUAAAAAACUUUGUGAACUGGCCCUAACAGACGACAAUAACCAUUCUUUCCGCAGUUUUACUACUAAAAAUUUAAAGUAUAAUGUACUUUUACAGUAGAUUUUUCUCAGUCACACAGCAAAGUUUGUAUAAGACACUAAUCAAGAUUGCCAUUUUCUUGUCACGUGUAUAUUUUGUAUACAUGCCAUUCACUCUUUUAGUAGAAGAUCCCUUGUUUUUAUUGUAUUGGAGCCUGGAUGGUUUUAUCUACAGCAGCAACAAUGGACCCUGCUGUUACUUUUCUCCUUCUUCCAGCGGACCUCCAUAGAUUUUAGGGUCCAGUUCACGUCUCAAGCACCAGGCUGCAGAACUGAGAAAAAUGUGGUGCUGUUUUUCAUCAUUACAUUAGAGCACAAGUAAAACCUGGGUUCCUUGUAACGGUGCGGCAUGUUGUCUUACAUGACUGCUUCUUACAAGGGUCUUUGCACACUCAUGACCUAUUGUUAGUAAAUGUCCUUCAUUAAAAUGAUUUCUAUAUAAAUAUA